CUCCAUAAGGCCCUUCUUGAAGCGGAUCUCACUCUGCUCUCUGUGGUUCUGGCUACACUUGGCCUCCUUGUGGUUCUCUUACUGGCCUGAGCCAUGCUUUCUCACGUGUGGUUCCUCUGCCUGAACACUUCCCCCAACUCUCUAACUCUUUCUAGACUAAGACCUUGUCAUCAUUUAGGUCUCAGCUGAAAUAGCUCUUCCUCAGAGAAGACUGUCCACACAACCCCACCUAGUUAGGAUCCUCCCCAUCUUGCUUUGCACACAUUUUCCACCCUCUCACCCUUUUCCAUAGUCCUCACAGAAUGAUCACUCUUUUACUCAAUUGUUUAUGUUAUUCAUCUCUGUCAUAUUGUGAACUCCACGAAGGCAGGGCCAUUUCUGAUUCAUUCAUCAUUGGAUGUGAGGCUUCGUCAGUACCGAGUAGUACUUAGUAGUCACUGAAUGCAUUUUGUCUAUCAUCCUUACCCUGACUUUACCACAUCUUUUUGCUUUUACCUAUUUAUUUAUUUUCGAUCUUCUACAACUUUCUGCGGUAGCAAGAGAACAACUCACAACUCCACUAGUAGAAUCUCCCCAGCAAAAGUGGGGAUUCUCCCCAGAAUGCCAGAAUGCCUUUCUGGACCCAGGACAAAAAUUGCUCUCCAUGCCAAUGUGAAUACUUAUCUUCACUCACUGGGGGCGGAAUGCCUCCUUAGAGAGAUUAUGUAUGAUGCUAAGUGAUUUUUGUUCUCCCUCUGGCUAGGGCUGGAGAGAAGAGAUAUUUGGGCUGUGGAUUCUAUGAAGGAGGAAUAGGGCUCAGACCUGUUCUGCUUGUAGGAGGUAACCAGGGCCCUUGAGACAAGCAGGGUGUGAGUGUGCUCAGGACAGAGAGGACCAUUAGGGGAUACCUUGGGAGAAAGAGGUCCUUAGUUCUUUCCUCCUGAUCUCUGACCCUUGAGCAGGUGGCUCAAAGGACAUCUUCCUUCAUUCUGUGGUACACUUGUCACCAUCCUUGGCACGGUGCCCUUGGCCUUCCACACAUGCUCUUCUAUUCAGGGCUAGGGAUUUAGGUUCUCGACUGGGUCAGGAAAGCCCGUAUUGGCAUCAAGUUCGCUGAUCCUGCCUGGGACCUCUUUCCCUAUAGGUGCCACAUGCCAUGAUUUAUACACAAACAUGAUUUGCCUGAUUGUUGCAGUCUGGGCCCGGAACAAUUUUAAUUAACGGGAAAAUGGUCCUCAAUACACCGAUUAGACCUCUUCAGGUACAGCAAGAUAAAAGCCUGGUAAUUUGGAUGGAGUACUCUUCUUAAAUGUCUACUCUAUGCACAGCAGCCAAUGGAAAGACAGGCUCUCUCCCACCUGAUCCAAUGAGUAAUUAAGAGAGGGCUUUUUCUUCCCUACCUCUCCCCUCCCUCCACCCGCUUCCCCUCCCUCAACUAAAGCUUAACAGGUUGGUGGUAUAAUUUGGAGACUUUCAGGGGUAUCACGCCAGGAGCUUAGGCAAGAGAUAGGGCAUUUCUUCCCCAGCUCCCCAGGCACCGUCCAGCUGGGGUUGAAAAGCAGACAAGUGACAAGAGGAAAAGAGGUGGAAGCAGGCAAAAUAGGUGACAUUUCUCAGUGAAGUUUGAGAGGGGCCCAUGGCCAUGAGUGAGCUGGGCACUCCGAAGACCAGCGAUGGCACCGUUUCUCGCCUGCUCAACGUGGUGGAAAGUGAGCUUCAGGCAGGGAGGGAAAAAGGCGACCCUACGGAGAAGCAACUUCAGAUCAUUCUGGAGGAUGCCCCUCUCUGGCAGAGAUUCAAGGAAGUCACUAAUGAAAUGAUCGUCACCAAGAACGGCAGACGGAUGUUCCCUGUCCUCAAGAUUAGUGUUACGGGGCUGGACCCCAAUGCCAUGUAUUCCCUCCUGCUGGACUUUGUCCCAACGGACAGUCACCGCUGGAAGUACAUCAAUGGGGAAUGGGUGCCUGCGGGCAAGCCAGAGGUUUCCAGCCACAGCUGUGUCUACAUCCACCCAGACUCUCCCAACUUCGGCGCCCACUGGAUGAAGGCUCCCAUCUCCUUCAGCAAAGUGAAGCUGACCAACAAGCUCAACGGAGGUGGGCAGAUAAUGUUGAAUUCUCUGCAUAAAUAUGAACCCCAGGUUCACAUAGUGCGUGUUGGAGGUGCCCAUCGAAUGGUGAUGAACUGCUCCUUCCCCGAAACCCAGUUCAUAGCUGUGACUGCUUAUCAGAACGAGGAGAUAACUGCUCUCAAAAUCAAGUACAACCCUUUUGCCAAAGCCUUCUUGGAUGCCAAGGAAAGGAACCACCUCAAAGAUGUGCCAGAAGCUAUCUCUGAGAGCCAGCAUGUGGCUUACUCUCACUUGGGAGGCUGGAUCUUAUCCAAUUCGGAUGGGAUGUGCACAGCAGGAAAUGGCAAUUACCAGUAUGCUACUCCUUUGCCUCUGUCUGCUCCCCACACCCACCACGGCUGUGAGCACUAUCCUGGCCUCCGAGGACACCACCGCCAGGCUCCCUAUCCUUCUGCCUACAUGCAUAGAAACCAUUCUCCCUCAGUGAAUUUGAUAGAAAGCUCCAGCAAUAAUCUGCAAGUUUUCUCUGGAGCUGACAGCUGGACUUCCUUAUCCUCCACACCCCACGCCAGCAUCCUGUCUGUACCCCACACCAGCGGACCAAUCAAUCCAGGGCCUAGCCCCUACCCGUGCCUGUGGACCAUCAGCAACAGCGGCGGGGGCCCCGCUGGGUCGGGCCCCGAGGUGCACACCAGCUCCCCGGGAGCCUUUCUUCUGGGUAACCCAGCUGUUACUUCAUCCCUCUCCACCCAGGCACCCACUUCGGCUGGUGUGGAGGUUCUGGGGGAGCCCUCACUGACCAGCAUUGCUGUGUCCACCUGGACCGCAGUGGCCUCGCAUCCCUUCUCAGGCUGGGGCAGCCCCGGUGGGUGUGGGCGCCAUUCUCCCUCCUCACUGGAUAGUUAAACAGGAGCCCAGGGAAGGUGUUGGCAGAUAACCUUCUAUGUGUAGAGAUCUUAGAGAUCCCACCUACUGAUACCAGUGAAUCAGGCUCCAGGAUCUAGCCAACCAGUGAGCAGGAUUAUACCAGAAGUACACUGGGAGAUGGUUUAGUUUGGAUGAUGCUAAUUUUGUCACCUGCAUCUCUCCACCAUUUUCUUUUUGUGCUCUCAUUUUCUCUGCACCUUAUCCAUGCCAUGCUUAGGCAACAAAAGUUUACUGAGAACCUUCUUUGUGCCCUGUCCCUUUCUCUUCAAAUGGUUCUAGAAAGCUGCCCUUCCUGUUCUGUGGAGGUGAUGCAAAGCUGUUAAGUGAGCUCUAAAUUGAUCUAGCCUAAGGCCACCACUUUGUAGCUUUGGGCAGCCCUAGAAGGUCUGUCUGUCUGGAGAUCUUCUGCUCUGAGACUAAGAGAGGAUGCAAAUUCAAAGAGGGAAGUUAACAGCAAUAGAGCUAAUCACAGAGUACAGCAUUGAGAAUUGAGGAAAGAUUAUGUUACUCCCUGGCUCAGAAACCUUCCAUGGCUCACCAUUGCCUUCAGAAUGACACUUAACCUACCAUCUGGCCUCAGACCACUUCUUCAGCUUCAGCCUUCCCCCCCCCCCCAGCCUUCCCACCUCCCAGGGACAAGCCAAAGCACCAAUCCCUGCAUCAAGUGCUGAUCUGCUCAGGCACAUUUGACCUGGCUCCCUGCUCCCCCAUUGGUUUUGCCUUUGUUGUAGAGAACUCACCUCAUUCUGCCUUCUAUUUUGAUUACCUGUGUGUGUGUCUCUCUCUCUCCCACUAGACUGUGAGCCCCUUGAGGGUGAGGCCCAGCCUUCUUGUCUUGGUUCCACCCCAGCAUCUCGUUCUAUGCCUUGCCUAUAGUAGGUGCCCAAUAAACACUGGCUGAGUCAAAUGGGUGCAAAGUGAUGUUUUAGAAGGAUAGCCAAGGAGCUCUUGGGGAGGCAGAGCUCAGAGGCACAUGGCUUGGACAGGGAAGUGGGUCCAAGUGGGAGCCUAGGGAUGUGCUGAGUGUUACAUCUGGGGUACAGCCCCUUCUCAGUGACUGAUGAUGUAAGGAGAUGGUGUGUAGUAGAGUGGUGGUCCCCAAACACUGGUCCUUGGAUAACCUGCACCAGGGUCACCCGGAUCACCUAAUAGAAAUACAGAUUCCUGGGCACAUUCCUCACCUCUUGGAUCAGAAUCUUUGGGGCUGGAGUCCAGAAAUUGCAUCUCAAGCGAAUGAUCCAGAAAACAGUAGCUGAGCCAAACUUGACAACAUCUUGCCUGGAAUAGGGAAACAGAAUGAUAAAUACUCCAGGAGGAGUUCUCGUCAUGGCUCUGUGGGUUGCAAACCUGACUAGUAUC